CGCCGCACCGUCACCAUGGGUCCGCUCGUGUCCCUGCUGCUGCUGCUGCUGACGCCAGCCGCCGUCCCCGGGCAUGGCCAGGUACACGUGCAGAGCUCGCGCGGCGACACGGGCCUGGUGCCAGCGCUGAGACUGCGGACGGAGCAGGCCGACAACGCGGCCCAGUACGCCGGCUACCAGGUGCUGCGCGUGAACGUCGACAGCAACGGCACUCUGGACCUCCUGCGCACGUACGAGGACAGGCCAGGGGUGGACUUCUGGACGCCUAUCAGCCCGCUGGUGCCCACUGUGGACGUCAUGGUCUCCCCCGACGUCAGGAGCGAGCUGACCCGCCGGCUGAAAGACAGCGGCGGCAGCUACGGUGUCAACAUAGGAAACGUGCAGGACGCCAUUGUCCGCCAGAACCCGAUACCGUCGCCGUUCUACCUGGAGCUGCUCGAGGGGCGCCAGGGCUACCAGCUGACCUGGAAGGCUUACCACCGGCUGGCCGUCCACCACCAGUACAUGGACUAUGUGGAGCACGAAUACCGCGGUCUCUGCAGCACCUUCAGCAUCGGCAUCAGCACCGAGGGCCGCAACGUCAAGGGCAUCCGAUGCGGCCUGGGAGAGCGCGAGAUCUGGAUCGACGGAGGCAUUCACGCCCGCGAAUGGAUUUCGCCGGCCGUCGUGUCCUACCUGGUCAAGGAUUUCUCGGCGACUUCGUACAAGGAGCAGGAUAUUCUGAAGGCGUUCACCAUCUACAUGAUACCGGUCCUCAACCCGGACGGCUACGAGUACACCCACACGGGACGACGCAUGUGGAGGAAGACGCGCUCGCGCACGCCCGGCUCCAGCUGCGUCGGCGCCGACCCCAACCGCAACUUCGGCUACCAUUGGGGCGAGGUGCGUCCGGUCAACAGGGCGGACUACGCCUUCAAUGGCUAG